CACGGCUGUCCAAACACCGGAAAGCUCUUCGGCGCGUUUCACCAAGGAUGGCAGUAGCUCGCCUUGAACACAACAGGCGCUGCCAUGUCUAGCUUUUGUGUAAAGUCUGCCGGCUGAAUCUGUUCUCACUGGACCACCGUGUCGUGCGGUAUCAAGGAGACUCCUUCGCAACCGUCCGCGUUGCUAUUUCGGGGAUCUAAAGAAUGCGCGUUGAGUAAAGUCCACAUCGUGGACGCCUGCCUGUCUUACGCUAAGGAGACGCGGGACUAUAAUAUUGUAACAUUACAGUGGAUUCGUCCUUAUCCAGAAAACCAGAUUUUCUUUAUGUGAAUGGACUCAGUCGUAAACAAGUUUGGGCGAUUUCAGCGGGAUCGGUGACUGUUUGUUUUAAAUAUUUAUUUUCCAGUUCAUUCAUUCUUUUGCGUACCAAGAUUUCAAACUUGUCUGCCAAGUGGGUUUCCAACAUGGGGGUGCACACAGACCAACUGUUCCUCCGGUGUCCACUUCUGAUCGUUGUUUUCUUCAGCACUUAUGCUUUCGCUAGAGCAGCCGCAGGCAGGUUGCCGUUCAGGGAACGCUAUUGCAGGAUCGCGGACUUACCGAACCCUGCAACCGAGAGAGACGGCCAACGGGAAAUUCAGUUACGAGUAGAGGGAGACCCAGAAACCUAUCAGCCUGGAAGCACUUACAGAGUGAGUUUGUAUACCAGCAGCCCCAGUUUCUUCCGCGGCUUCAUCCUGCUCGCUCUGAGGGAGGGACGAGAAGGAGACGUGCCCGGGGAUUUUGCUGGCAAUUUCAAGAUCAUAGAUGAGGGCGACACCCGGUUCAUGAACGCCUGUCCCCUCGCCGUCACUGAGACCAUGCCCAGGAGACGUACCCGCAUGCAAGUUCUGUGGACGGCGCCUCCUGCUGGGAGUGGCUGCGUCGUACUCAGGGCGAGAAUCACACAGAAGAAGAGUGUUCACUCCUUUGACGAGGGCUCUCUCUUUAGGAAGCUAUGUGAGAAAGACCCUCUCCAUACCACAGAGAAGCCCCUGCAGGACUGCUGCGCCUGCGGAACAGCCAAGUAUCGCCUCGCCUUCUACGGCAACUGGUCUGAGAAAGUGCAUCCCAAGGACUACCCCCGGCGGGCCAACCACUGGUCAGCGCUGAUUGGAGCCUCCCACUCCAAGAGCUACAAGCUGUGGCAGUACGGGGGAUACGCCAGCGAGGGGGUUCGCCAGGUGGCCGAGCUUGGCUCCCCCGUCAAGAUGGAGGAGGAGAUCCGACAGAAGGGUGAUGAUGUUAUGACAGUUAUCAAGACCAAAGCCCAAUGGCCUGCCUGGCAGCCUCUUAAUAUGCGCACGGCUCCGUCGGCGGAGUUCUCCGUGGAUUCGACGCGUCACCUCAUGUCCUUCCUGACCAUGCUGGGCCCGAGCCCUGACUGGAACGUGGGCCUGUCAGGAGAGAACCUGUGCACCCAUGAGUGUGGCUGGGUCCAGAGGCUCGUCAAGGACCUUCUCCCAUGGGACGCGGGGACAGACUACGGCGUCACCUACGAGUCCCCCAACAAACCCAGCAUCCCUCAAGAGCGGAUCCGACCCCUCACCAGCCUAGAUCAUCCACAGAGCCCCUUCUACAACCCCCAGGGAGGCCCCAUCCUGCCGCUGGCCCGCGUGGUAGUGGAGAGGAUGGCCCGCAAGGGGGAGCAGUGUAAUGCUGUCCCAGACACCGUGGACGAUAUCGUGGCAGACAUCGCACCGGAGGAGACUGAGGAAGGAGACGGCACCCCGGAGACGUGCAUCUACUCGAAUUGGUCGCCGUGGUCAGCCUGCAGUUCGUCCACGUGUGACACGGGUCGUCGGAUGAGGCAGAGGAUGCUGAAGGCCCAGCUGGACGCAUCCGUGCCCUGCCUCCACACGCAGGACUUUGAGGCUUGUAUGGGUCCAGGCUGCAAGGAAGAGGAGCCGUCUCCGUGCAUGCUGUCCGACUGGAUCAGCUGGUCGCCGUGCAGCGCGACCUGUGGGAUGGGCAUGAGGUCCAGAGAACGUUACGUGAAGCAGUUCCCUGAAGAUGGCUCCGUAUGCGAGGAGACCACAGAGGAGACAGAGAAGUGUGUGGUCAACGAGAACUGCUCCCCCAGUAGCUGCAUCGUGACUGAGUGGGUUGGCUGGGGCUCAUGCAGCGUGAGCUGUGGCGUAGGGAUGAGGAGGAAAACCAGGAUGAUGAAGAUGGAAGCGUCAGACGGCUCUCCAUGCCGAACACAGCUGGAAGAGGUGGAGAAGUGCAUGAUGCCCGAGUGCAGUGAAUACGCACUGCCCUGCAUGCUGUCUCCAUGGUCUGAAUGGUCCCACUGUAGUGUGUCAUGUGGGAUGGGCACACGAGUGCGUCAGCGCAUGCUGAAGAGCCCAGCGCAGCCCACGCAGUGCAGAGAGCAGCUGGAACAGGCAGAGAAGUGCAUGAUGCCAGAGUGCCAUGUGGACUGUAUGGUGUCUGAAUGGUCCAAGUGGUCAGAGUGUAAUAAAUCAUGUGGGAAGGGUCACAUGAUUCGCACGCGCAUGGUGAAGCAGGAACCAGAGUUUGGCGGCUACCCGUGUCCCAAGACGGUGCAGAGGAAGAAGUGUAAGGUCCGGAGGUGUGUGCGGGACAACGUCAGGACAGAUGGAAAACAGGAGGCUUCAGUCCGGAAGGGGAGAAGACCAGGACGAGAGUCAGCCUCUGGGCUCGAAGACAGCUCAGGUUGCAAGAUGCGCCCAUGGUCCAGCUGGUCGGACUGUACCAGGCAGUGUGGCGGGGGGGUCCAGGAGCGAGUGAUGGAAGUGAAGAAGAAAGGCAAGAGCUCGCAGUCCAGGAGCUGCAAGCCCCAGAAAGAGAUCCGUACCUGCAACGUGCAUCUUUGCUAAGGACUCUGUGUCCCUUACACACAGAUGCAAGACACACACACACACACACUCACAUACUCAGUCCAAACAGAGUGUAAGGUCUGGGGUCUUUCUGGACUGAUGAUGUUCUGCAGAUAGAGCACGUAAACAUUUAGACUUUUACAGUGAACAGUGACUACACACAUCCGUGAUUAGGUUUAGUUGUUGUACCAGCAGACAUGUAUUACUAUGUAACCGACAGUAUCCAACUUCAGGCACGCGCUACACCACUAUAGCUUUCCUUCCUUUUUCAAAUAACAGCAUUGAUUUUAUGUUUAUUAUGGUCUUUUUACACUCUGUCUGUGUGCGCCCCUUCAUUAGCAUGUGCUGUACAGUUUUAAAGUGUGAAUUAUCUACAUGCACCAGUAAAUGCAACAAAUACGCCCAGCACACCUACACAGACAUUUCUUUAGAAAUGUUUAUUAUAUAAAAUUUCAUCCCAGACCUAAAAAGGAUAGAGACAGCAUGAUUUAGUCUCAUAUAGACUGAGAUUAGGAUUAGUGGAGAUUACCCCCCCCCCCCCCAGCAUCUCAAAUGUCAUAUUAUUGUCCUGCUUGGAACUGGCAGAAUGAGUCUGCAUUGGACUGCUCUUCGUCAAGGACACCUGGAUUUGCAAUUCAAUUGAGCACCCCCCCCCCCAGCCUGGCCUCUAAUCCUCAGACAGGGUGAGCACAUUGAGCUGCCGCUAUCGAGCGCCAUCAAGGUGGGUUGCCCACAGUCGUUGCCUAAUCGAUCUGGACAGCAACCAUCUGCUGUGGGUGGAUUGAUUUUCCAUUCUCUGUACAAAGUAGUUUUUACUCACUGUCUAGAAACUGAAAAAAUGUCGUUUUGUUGUUUGUUGCUGUUGUUUUCAAAGCAAAAGCUGUAAUGUGGAAUAAGAUGGCCUGUGAAUGGUUAGAAAUUAAUUAGGUAAGAACAACUACUCCAAGUCGUAUAUAAACCACGAUACGUGGAUUUUAGAGUAUAAAUACUUGUUUAUUUUUUAAUCCACUCUAAUAGGUAUAGAGGCUAUACGUGACACAGAAACUCAGUGGCAGGCGGUGAGGGAGUGCUGUUCUAAUUUGAAACACGUUAUACCUUUUCCUGGGGAUUUUGAUAUACUCAAUGCCCAAGACUCUUGCCAAAGUCAUGCACACGUCUCUCUGACCGGCUCUCUGACCGUCUUCUUUCCUCUGUAAUAUAUUACUAUUUUGGAAUAAAUCACCUUUACAAUAAAAGUAAAUGUGAUAAAAUUU